AUGACCUGGGCGCGAGCAGCCAUCUUUUACGGCUCUGACUUUGGCCGGAAACAUCUCACGGAAGCCGGUGCUCCCAAGGCCGUCGCCGUGGUGCUGCCUCCGCUUGCACUCUCAAUCGGCGUCCAAAUUGUCAAUAUGCCCCUCGUCCGUUGCAGCAUCAUGCUGCAAGACCCGGCCUCACCCCACUCCUCCGUCCUAGCCAUUGGUCGUGACAUUGUCCACCGUCGAGGCUACGCGGGAUUGUGGCACGGCUUGAGUGCAGGGAUUGCCAAGACUGUGCCCAAAUACGUGACGGCCGUCUUGGUCAAACAGGCCAUGGACCGCUCCUUGGCCCCCGUCAACAAGGAGCAGGAUCGUCUAGGCUGGCUAGUACGCUCGGCCAAAAAGGCCGUGGUGGCAGGCACCGCUGGCGCCAUUUUGACCAACCCCUUUGACGUUAUUCGCAAUCACAUGUUUCGCACCGAUCUUGGCAUGGUCCCUGCUAUUCGUUCUCUCUAUCAAACCGAAGGCCCACGCUUUGUCUGGCGAGGCGUGGCUAAGAACAUGAUUGCCGUUGCCAUCCCGGUGACCGUCACCAUCUUCUUGACGGACAUUUUUGAACAGUGGAUGUAG